ACUAGUGAAGAAAACCAUUUUCUUAAGAUGAAAGUGGAGGAAUUAAAAACUGAAAUCAUUAAGGGAAAAAAAGAUGGAAACAUGAUGGAAAGGUUAAAAGAUGGAUUAAGACUCGAAGUGGAAAAUCUCCAAGAAAAACUUAACAAUGCUCUUGAGAAGAUUUCCACUUUACAGAGUAAACAAUUACACGACGAAGAAGAAGGAAUUAAAGAGAAAAAGAAGUUGUUAAAAAAUAUGAAAGAAUACGAAUCAAGAAACGGCGAACUAAUUUUGGAUAUUGAUCGAGCAUCGAAAUCAUUAAACCUUACCAAAGAGAAGUACGGCCAACUGAAAGGCAGAUUUAAACGAUUGACAAAGAAGUACACUGAAAUAUGUGAAGAGAAGAUUAAUAAAUCAGACGCAAAAGUCGGUCCAGAUACUAGCGAAGAUUUAAGCUUGAUUGUUGAAGAUCUACAACGCAGUAAAGAUAAUGCCGAGAGAGAAAAUUCUAAACUACGAACAAAAAUGGACGGUUUACUCGAAGAAAUAGGAAGAAGCGAAUAUCAAAUCAGAUCGGUGAGGAAAGCUAACGUGGUUUUGAUGAAACAAACUCGCUGCUUGUACGAAGAAAGUGAACAACAAAAGCGUAUUGACGAAGAAAAGACAAAAGAACUUCAAGAGUAUCGAAGGAUCAAUCAAAGUUUAAAAGAUCAAGAGAAGAGCUGGCAAAAGAACGGAAGAAGCUCAUUGAAAAUGUUAAUGCUCUAAAGGAAGAAAAAGUCAUGUUGAAAGAAAAAAAUAAUGAAUACCACGUAGCAAAAAAUAAAACAGAAAUGGAGUUGCGAGAGAAAAUCAGAGAAUGCACGAUGAAUUCCAGGAAACUCGAGCAGUUAAGAAAUGAAAAAGAAUUUCAUAUGAAAUCACAAAAUAAAAUUGACCAAAAUAUAAACCUGUACGACAGCUUCGGUAAUGAAUCUAUUUCUAGCCAACGAAACGAAUCUUUGACAGCAAAGGAGUUUGAAAGAGCUUCAAAAUACGCCAAUGACACGAGCAUUGUGGAGAUAACGACACCUGUAUUCAACAAUGAUAGAGUUCAUAAGCACAAGGCAGUAGAGAGUGAAAUGAACGAUUUUGAUACACAAUCCAUCGUGUAUUUGAACAACAAUAAGCACACAAAUCUACAGAUGACAAGAAACAUCAUCAAUAAUGAUUUUGGAAGCGAUAAAUACCUUGGAAAAACGUACUGGGAAACCUUAGAGUUUUUAAAGAAAAAAUAAACAAUAGGGAUCAGGUUGCACGGAACCUGGAUAGCAAAUUUUUUCGAACGGUUAAAAAACUUCUUAAAAAGGAAAAAUAAAAGUUUUGAACUGAACAAUCACUGAAAUAUAAAAUAUUGCUUCAGGAUUACGAAAUUUCUAUGUCGUAACGAAAAUACAAAGAUGUUUUUUACAAGUUUGAAAAUUUUACCAUCCAAUUGAUAACUCUAUCCAAGCUUCGUGCAACCGUCUCCAGGUCUAUACACACAUAAACACCUUCACAGCGAUCUGCGCUGCAAUGUUUAUCAAAUAAGAAAGUUCACGACCUUUAAGAGCAUGUGUAUAAAGGUACAUAAGGUUUCUGAAAUGCGGAUGUAAGAAAUUUUGAAGCAAAGCAAGGAAUUUACAACAUGA